AUGGGUAAAAUUGAAAGAAAGCUUUUUGAAAGAAAAAAUGAGAAUAACCAUCCGCCCCGGUAUGAUACGGCAUACGCGUGCGAGGGCAAAGUAUUGAAAAUAGAAUGCCGUGAGGGGGAGUUGAUACAAUUAAUAAGAGCAAACUAUGGACGUUUUUCCAUAACGAUUUGCAACGAUCAUGGAAAUACUGAAUGGAGCGUCAAUUGUAUGUCACCAAAAAGUUUUAGAGUUCUUCAUUCGAAGUGUACUCAGCAGCAAAAUUGCAGCAUUCCAGCAAAUACAAAUUUGUUUGGAGAUCCUUGUGCUGGAACUCUCAAGUAUUUAGAAGCUCAUUAUCGUUGUAUUCCAGCCGCAACCACAACGACAACAACUCGUCCUAGUCCACCGUGGUUAAUGGCAUCUCAACCUAAUGUUUGGAGCACGGCUAAACUUCCUACUCUAAGACCUCCUUCUCAUCCGCCGUACAAUCGUGGAUCCGUCGUACCUCCAGUUGUUGAAGUAGCCACGGAAAGAACCACGUCAACGGUUGCAGUUUCUAAAGCCGCAGUGCCCCGCGAACCACCUUCUACGAAACCUCCUCCACCGUCGGCUCCGUUGGAGCCUAGCGUGGAUAAUAGUUCUAGUGGUAACGGAAGCGGUGGUAACGUUGGUGCCACUCCGAACGCGACAACAACAACAACAACAACCACUCCAAUAAUAUCAUCUUCGUCUUCGCCGGUAUCCUCAUCGUCAUCCUCUUCAUCGUCGUCGUGGAUGACAACUGUUAAACCGGUUAAAAUUCCAGGAUCGUAUCCUGAGUAUUCAGAAUUUAAUCCAUCUUCAACUUCGUCGUGGGUUCCAGAAAGUGGUGGUGGUGGUGGUGGUGAUACGUCACAUUUUUGUCCCCCCACAAUAUCGAGGAAUUUAGAAUGGAAUUGGACCCGGGUCGGAGACGUCAACGUUCAGCCUUGCCCCGGAGGUGCAGCCGGUUUAGCCAGGUGGCGCUGCAUUCAUUUAACAAAUUCUGCAAAAUGGUUGGGGGAUUCGCCCGAUCUCAGCCAAUGUAGAUCCGUGUGGUUGACUAGUCUAGAUUCUCGAAUAGAAGAAAAUGAUUCCAUAAUUAAUAUAGCUAAUGAUAUGUCUCAGGUUACAAGUAGUAAAACUCUUUACGGGGGUGACAUGAUGACGACGACGUCCAUAGUUAAAAAGAUAACGGAAAGAAUAUCUAAAAACAUUCAAACGUUUCCGGAUCCCCAACAGAGAGAAGCCAUAGUAACGGAACUCUUACAAUCUGUCGUUAAAACAACGUCAAAUUUAUUGGAUUCCUCGCAAGAUGCGAGCUGGAAGGAUUUGAGCCACAGGGAACAGAUGAGGGUGGCCACUUCUUUGCUCGUUGGCCUUGAAGAAAACGCUUUUCUAUUAGCCGAUACUGUAAUAAGAGAAAAAACCGUCGUUCAAGCCGUUAAAAAUAUAUUAUUAUCGGUGAGGGUAAUGGACGUGUCAAACGUUCAAGAAACGGAAAGAUUUCCCGGGUCUCAAGCAUUGCAACAGCGUCCGAAUUACACGGAUUGGUUGGAAGUACCUAAAAAUGCAAUGCUCGACAACAGCGAAGGCGGAUUCGUACGGUUAAUAUUUGUCGCUUUCGAAAGAUUAAACGAUUUACUUCAACCGUCCGACUCAGGUUUGGGAAAUAUGGGAGAAAACGGGGAUUCAAAGAAAAACUCGACGAGAAUAGUUAAUACGAAAGUAAUAUCGGCUUCUUUGGGUAAAGGAAGACACAUACAAUUCACCGAAUACGUUCGUCUCGGUAUGAAACAUUUACGAACGGAAAACGUCAGUAAUCCUUCUUGUGUGUUUUGGGACUACACAACUAGUGCUUGGUCCGAAGAAGGUUGCGAAAUAGAAUCGACAAAUGAAACUCACACAAUUUGCCGAUGUAAUCAUUUAACAAAUUUUGCCGUACUCAUGGACGUACAUUCGACACAUUUGCCACCCACGCAUCAGAUGGCACUCCAAUUGAUAACGUACAUAGGAUGCAUUAUAUCAAUUGUUUGUUUACUCCUGUCUGUUAUCACGUUUCAAUUAUUCAGAAGCCUUAGAUCUGAUAGAACGACGAUUCAUAAAAAUUUAUGCAUUUGUCUACUUUUGGCUGAAAUAUUAUUUUUAUUGGGAAUCAAUCAGACUGAUAAGCCGAUACUCUGCGGCGUCGUUGCCGGUCUUUUACAUUUUGUAUUUUUAUGUGCGUUUGCGUGGAUGUUUUUAGAAGGAUUUCAACUUUACAUAAUGUUAAUUGAAGUUUUCGAAGUUGAAAAAUCUAGGAUUCGAUGGUAUUAUAUGUUCGCCUACGGGGCACCAUUAAUAAUCGUUUGCGUUUCCUGUGUCGUCGAUCCAUUAAGUUACGGCACUGAACGUUACUGUUGGCUACGUGCCGAUAAUUUUUUCAUAUUCAGUUUCGUAGGUCCAGUUAUUGCUGUGAUACUCGCAAAUCUAGUCUUCUUAAGUAUGGCCAUUUACAUGAUGUGCCGACAUUCUAGUUCUAGCGUUUCUUUGAAAAGCAAAGAACAUUCACGUUUGGCCAGCGCAAGAACGUGGCUACGCGGAGCCAUUGUACUCGUUUUUUUACUCGGUCUCACAUGGACUUUUGGUCUUUUAUAUUUAAACGAAGAAACCGUAAUAAUGGCGUACGUUUUCACCGUUUUAAACAGCCUUCAGGGACUUUUCAUAUUUUUAUUUCACUGCCUUUACAAUGAAAAGGUAAGAAAGGUGCGAAAAGAGUACAGAAAGUGGAAUUCGUGGUUACCAAAAUGUGUCAAAUGUAAAAAAUAUCAACAAAAUUCAAGCGGAACGAUGAACAAAGAAAGAAGGUCUAGCGCUUAUGGGACUUCAUCUCACGGUCCCUCCGCCGGAACAAAUUCUCAUACUACCCAUUCUUCUUCCGGAAUUAUGGGAGACGGAAUGAUGAGUCUCCCAAAUGGAAACAGUAGUGUGGGUACCGAGAUUUUGGGCGCAUCACCUCAUCGCUACCAUCACCCGCACCAUCACUCACCACCCACACACCAUCAAGGUAUUCGCCUAAAAUCCCUCUCGCCUUAUAGAUAA